GUCGUUACUUGUUAAUGGCAAAGGAUUCACGAGAAGAAUCUCGUAAAAUAUUAUUAAAACAUUUGAGAACUUAUCAAAAAGUUUAUCGGCCUGAACUACUUGUUAAAUUUAGUGAAAUGGUAGAUGAGUUCAAAUCAAUAAUAAAUGCCGCUAAAGAAGCAAUUAUUGAUGUUGAUUUGCACCUAAAUGAUAGAAAUACUUUAGGCAAUGCUGCUUUGCUAUGCGGUAAAGCUUUGGUAAUCGCAGGAAUAUGGGUUCCUCUUGCAUUGAUACCAGGCGCUAUUUUAUCAGGUGGUGGUUGGUUGGGUGCUACUUGUUCCGAUUCAACUGCAAUUAUUAAAGAAAAUGUAGCAUGUCAAUUACUUGAAAAAUUCUUUGUUAAUGAUGAAGAAAAUUGUAAAACGAUAGAGAAUUUGCGAAUAAAGUUAAAGGAAACUAUUGAAAAAUUCCAAGAUAUUUAUUUCCGCUUUGAUGAUUCAGAAUACAAAAAACAGUAUAUAGAUAGAAAAAAAAUUGAAGUAAUCAAUGAUGUUCUGAUAAAACUUUGGGGCGAAAAAAUCAAAGAUGAUAUAAGUUUAGAAAGUGAUGAAAGAAUUAAACAUUCUACUUGUCAAAAGGCAAUAAGAGCUGUAGUAGAAGCUGUUUUUAAAGUUAUACCUUCUCCUCUACCAAUUUAUUGCAUUUAUCGAGAUCGUUGUGAAAUUGAAAGUCGUACUUCCUUGAAAGAUAUGGAAAAGGCAAUUAACAAUUGGAGAGAAGAAUUGGAAGGUUUAAAAGAAAAAGAUCAGCAGUUAAAUAGAGAACGUGAAAAA